AUGAUAAUUCAAGGAAACCAACAGCUGACAAUAGAUGAGACAGAUGUGGAGGCCGUACUAGGAUUACCACGAGGUCGGUAUGAAAUGGUAGACUACGUUGAAGGAAAAGGGAGUGAAGAGUACACAAGGCUGGUUGAUGAAAUGAGAAUAACAUUUGGUUUAGAUAUAGGCAAAGGAGGUCCACCAGCAAAUAGACUGUUGAACUAUCUGGUUGGCGGGAGGAUGAAAAAAAGAGUGGAACCAGACCCGGCAACUUUUACAGACCGUAGAUAUGGAGAUAAGUUCAAAAGAUGGUUCGUCAUCAGAGUUGUAUCCAGUAUAUUCUGGAGAACAAGAUCUCUGGACUGUCGUUUUCAGCUGAUGAACUCCCUGAUAAAUGUAGAUCAGAUCAAAGAAUUGAAAUGGUGUGAAUACAUCAUUACAACACUUAAGUUCACGGUGUUGGAAUGGAAAAGGAAUCCAGGGCAUUAUACAGGGCCACUAGUCUUUGUUGUGGUCAUGAUGAUCAAUGAUAUGGGGCCAUUGCUAUUAAAACUUGGAAAAUUAUUUGAAGAAGCAAAAUCUGCAGGAAUUAGCAGCCAAUCUGAGCUAGCGAGAUUAUUCUUCAACUACACAAAGACAAUCAACAACAUGGUUGUUGAAACUGCCAAAGCUCCUGACAAUGUUAAUGAGGAACAAAGAAAUGAAGGACAACAACAGCAAGCAGAAAAUGACAAUUUUUUGGGGAAAGGAAUUGACACAGAAAGCCAAUUGGAUGCUUGGUGCAACAAUACAAUCAAAUCUACAGCAAGCCAAUCUAAAGUGGUACAGCCUAAAGUAAACGAGACUGAAGGAUUGAAUACCGUCGAGAAGAAAAUCCUAGAGAGCGUCAUACAAGGUGCAACAACUAAUUACUCUACACCCCAAAAGGUAAAUGACAGUACAGGUGAUAACACAAAUCAGCAAAGUGUUAGUGAAGAAGAGAUAAAAGAGUAUAUCGAUAGGAAAAAGCAAGACCAAAGGAAAAAAAGAGAAGAACUUAAAAUAACUGAUAAGUCAUCAUUCUGGAAAAAUGGUGGAAAUGGAAUCAAAGGAAUCACUGAAAUUGAAAGGCUCAUAUCUAAUUACGCAUUUGCGGAUGACAACGACAUAGAAACUCUGUUUGAGAUGCCAGGAGAAGAUAAAGAACCCAGAGUCGAAUACUAUUUCGUCCAACGUCAUCAAAUCAAAACAAUGAUGCCUAGAGUGCAAAUAAGUAAUGAAAUAGUUGAUGCUUGGGCAGCCCACCUGAACCAUUUAGCACCCAGAGAAAGGACCAAAUAUCCCAACAUAUAUUUUUCAUCCGUUAUAUCGGCACAAAUGCCUAGUAAUAUCAAUAAGAUGCCGUCGGAGAAAUGCUUUGAAGAUGCAGUUUACAGAAUUGGUUAUGAGCUGCAAUGCCAAAACAUCAGCAAUUCGCAGUUUGAUAAUGCUAAGCAAAGACAAAAGGAUGCACAUCAAAACAAACUUGAUAAGCUCAGAAUCAAGUACCUGACAGAGUUGCUGACCUCGGGCAUCAAUACCAAAUCAAUCACCAUCACAGAGCGGAUAAAAGAAAUUCACACUGCAAGAAAUCCAUAG